AUGAGAAUUCGAUUGUCCCCACUACGUAUAGUUCCUAGAUAUUCUCACCACAUAUACCAUAAAACCUGGAGAUCCUUCUACUCAGCACUCGCAGCACCCAAUAUCAUUACACCAUGUACUCUCCCGUACAUACGGUUCUUCUAUCCCCUUGGCAACACCCCAGCUGUCAGCCUUACUAGGAGUUUGCCUCAAGGCGUAGAUGCCGAUAUCCUCCUCCUCGGGUGCGGAGAUGUGCGCAAUAUCCUGUUCACGGCAUACACAGAAAGGGGAUUCCCACCUAGAAAUAUUGAUAUCACCUCUUGCGAUAUUGAGCCAGCCAUUAUAGCGCGCAAUGUGUUCCUCUUCACUCUCCUAAUCGAUGGUAUAAAUGCCGAUAGCGCUUGGGAUAUUUACUUUCACCUCCUUAUUAGCGAAGGGUCAAAAGAUGGUAUCGAGCACCAAGCUCAGAAGCUCGUAUCACUAUCAGAAAGUAUCGAUCAGUGGAGAAACGGUCCCUAUGGGUCUAUACUCAAGUUCCACGAUGCCGCCUCGUUGCAGCAAGUUAGGCAUAUAUGGUCCAAGUACGGCUCACAGCAGUCAAAGGGUAGGGCUAGCUUUGAAGUUGACCUUGAGCGCUCCCGGGAGCUUCUUCGGGAUAGAAUUGGGCUUUCCGAUAAACAGAUCUCCGAGGGACGAAUUCCCAUGUCCCUCUCUGGUCUUAGGUCCUUGGCGCCAAUGACGGCUGCCUCGACGGGCGAAGUUAGUGAGGCUUUCGUUCAUUUCUGGAAGCAUGGCAGCUUCUCCAAGAAGCCAGAAUCAUCGCCUAAUCCACUAUUCUUCGAGACGAUUUGUGAAACUAAACCCCUUCACUAUGGUACGGACCCCCUUCUAGGAUUCCACCUUGCAACUACAUUGGCCAAGUUAUCCCCAAGCUCUCCACUCCGUCCUAAGAAGACACGCGACCAUGUACAAAAUGUCGUUGAAGCAGCCAAGACUCAGUUUCGUGAAUGGGUUGCAGCCUUCCAGGCGAUCCCCAAGAAUCUUCUUACUCUUCGUUUCACCGUGACUGAUGCUCUGUCGCUCAGCUAUGCCUUGCAGAGUGAUACAACUCCGGAAAGUAUACCAGCAAGCAAUUUCCUUAGAAACCCUGACCUAAGACUCGCUAAACGUAGCUCGGCACCAGUAAGAUUUGAUGUGAUUGAUACGUCAAAUCUCAGCGAUCAUCUUGGUGCACUGAACUUGUUGGUCGCCGCUACACCGUUGCUGAAAAGAUCCCCAGGAUCUACUCUAUGGAUAGAGACGUUAGUCAAGAAUGAAGAGACAACCAAACAGCGAUUCGAUGCUUUACUUGGUGGGCACUUGCCAACGAUGUCUAUCCUGCUUGGUUUAGCUCCAUUUGACCUAUGGACUAAUGCGACUUCGGUGUCCUGCGUAGACGAACUCUUCCUCAACAAAAUACAAUUAUCACGGCCAGCCCAGCAGUCACACAUACGGAUAGCUUGGAAGUUAAACCCGGCUUUCCUACAAUCAGCUAAGACCUCCCCGAAUUGUUACGUGGAACCCAUUGCGCUCGCGAAGGCGUUGUUUGCAGCUUUUAAGCAAAUGUUCGAAAGCGAAUAUGCCGCCAACUUUCUAAGCCUUUCAUUAGAAGACAUGAGAAAAAAGAUUAAAAGCACCAUGUAUCCGGUCUUUCACAAGGGCAGUUAUGCAGCCCUAAUUAAACGGAUUCAAGCAAAUAUAUCUACAGACUGGCCUGCCUUCUGGGAACACUUACUAGUACUGAUCAACAAAGAUUGCCUGAAUCGGCAGGAGCUAAGUGUUCAGCUGCAUCUUCAAGGAGUACAUACCGAGAACUGGCUAAAAGACAAGUCAAUGGAUCGAGUCCCUAGUGCCGGCGGGUUCUAUGCUUGGGAAAAUAUACCUGAAGUGGUAUGCGUCACAGUUGUGGUACCGAGGAAGCAGAUUGACAACCUAUAUAGCACGAUCCCGAGUAGAAAAAUUGCACCAACACUAGAAGGCUUUCUGAAAUCAGUUAAAGAUGGCGGCUGGGCGAAUUUCUUUGGCAGCAUGUACAUCGCCUUCGGGCACAUCGAAACAUCGGGGAGCCGUGAGACCGAAGACUUCGCAGUAACAGUUCGGCAAGAUCCUCACGGUCUUCAGGGAGACUCCCCCCUGAUCGCUUCUUUCUAUGUUCCAUCGGCAUCUCUAUACGAAGAUCCAAUGAAUGCUAAGGUAGGGGUAAACGUUCAGUACACGCCGUCGAGUCUCAAUGUCUUCUCACAUCUUCAACCUACCAUGGCCGUUCAUACGACCGCGAUCCACGAUACUUCCAAUGUCUUUAUAACGAAGUACGCGCCUGGGAUGUCUGCCUACCCUUUCCCGACUGCUCAAACGGCUACUUCGGCGAUAAGUAGCAUUGCCCAGAGUGAUAUACCCACAACGACAACCAUGACUAUGAAAUUAAAAGACGACAAAGCCGUGUCCCUAUGUGGCCGCGUCGACUUUUCAUCGUCUCAACGAGGCAAAGCGCUGUUCUCAAAGAAGGCCCGGGCAAGGCUUCGUCAAUCCUCGGCACUCUCGAUCGACAUCGCGUUCUAUAAGAACUGUCUGGUUUGCCCUGUCUCGUUCCCAGCCCCAGUUCUUAAAGAAACUACCGAGACACAUAUAGUAUUCAAGGAAAGUUAUAUUACCGUUGACGCACCCCUAGCCGAUCCUCUCGAUUCAAGGUCGCUGUCUUCAUUUAUCUAUCCCAUCACACUAGGGGAAGGAUCCAUACCCACCCUACUUAACAGCUCUCACGUCAACCUAGACUCAUUGCCAAUUCUCGAUACGAAAAUCUCGGAUGAGAAUGCCAACAAAUGGGUGACUCGAUUAAUUUCGUGUCAGUUUUCUGUCCGCGAACGAGAGAUACGAGACUCGAAGGUUGGGAUGACUUCACGUGUCAAUUUCAAGGACUCCAUUUUCUCAAUGUUUACGUUGGCCUUGGGGCUCCAUGCUAAUAAACAGACCAAUUUAUUCGUCCUCGACCAUCCCAAGGAUGGCAUCCAGGCCAUAGUCAUCAUCCGGUCGGUUCGACUCCACGGUGCCGAGGGGUCGAUAGUAGCAGAUGCCGCAGUAAUCCCAGCUACGAGACGUAUUAUUGAUUCUAAAGAUAUUAAACUUGUCGGCCUCGCGUUUGGAGAGUUAGAAAAUAUUUCCAAAAUCACCGUAGAUGACGAGGAAGUGGCGCUCUGGAAACAUGUUCUCCCUGUGUUCGCAGAGCGUUGCCGCACGUGGAGCCACACUCCCGACUGCGAAUACAAAAAAUCCGGAGCCACCAUUCCAUUGAGCACAGAAAAAGAGAUGCCGUACCUCUGUAGUUGCGGCCAAGGCAAAAUACCAAAGGACUUCAUAACCUUGCCUAAUUUAGGUGCUCUGGCGUCGAAGCAUGCGACGCGCAUAGCCAUCAGCCCAACAUUUUCUGUGCCGUUCGUCGAGGAUAUCGUAGAUCUUGAUUAAGUAUCGCAAUUGUGUAUACCUUGGUAGCAAUGCAACUCAGAACGGAACAACAGCACACGUUAUGGGGCACCUCACUAUCAAUCCUACCUUGUCAAAUAAUCUCCUGAACUUGUAUAAUUACUCUGCCGCAGGGUGCUUGGAGUAUGCCGGCAGGCCUAUGACUAUGCCAAACUCACCACUUUUGACCCCGCGUCACCAUGAUCGUCGUUCGGAUACAAGCAAGGAAUAUCCCACGAAUAGAAACAGGUGAUAAAUGCCUAUACGGUAUCUGCCAGAUCUAAGCCUAUGAAAUAAGGAAGGUUACACUCACUCUCAGUAUCCUCCCAUUCCAAACUUGGGGGCGGCCUAUUCCACGAAUAAACUAUAAGCUCGAAAUCAUGUGGGAAGGGUUAGUCCUACUU